GCUAGGCGCAUGCCCAAUGGAAAAGCUUGACGUAAGCCCCGCUUCCUCACCCUGGCAACGGGCGGGUGACUACUUCCGGUGCUGUGAGGGCUCGGGGCUGACGCGGGGUAAUUCUUCUCCUGCAAUUACUUUUGGAUGGAAGUAUGCACUUUCCCCAAUAGAAGAUGGUAAUCUCAGAGAAUGACCAUGGAGAAGGGGAUGAGUUCUGGAGAAGGGCUGCCUUCCAGGUCAUCUCAGGUUUCGGCUGCUAAAAUAACAGUCAAAGAGUUGGAAACAAAGCAAUCCCAUAAGGAGAAGCGAGGGGGCUUUGUGUUGGUACAUGCAGGUGCGGGUUAUCAUUCUGAGUCCAAAGCCAAGGAAUAUAAACAUGUAUGCAAACGAGCUUGUCAGAAGGCAAUUGAAAAGCUACAGGCUGGUGCUCUUGCUACAGAUGCAGUGACCGCAGCUCUGGUGGAACUCGAGGAUUCUCCAUUUACAAAUGCAGGAAUGGGAUCUAAUCUAAAUCUCUUGGGUGAAAUUGAAUGUGAUGCCAGCAUAAUGGAUGGAAAAUCCUUAAAUUUUGGAGCUGUUGGAGCACUGAGUGGAAUCAAGAACCCAGUUUCAGUUGCAAACAGACUCUUGUGUGAAGGGCAGAAGGGCAAGCUCUCAGCUGGCCGAAUUCCUCCCUGCUUUUUAGUUGGAGAAGGAGCCUACAGAUGGGCAGUAGAUCAUGGAAUACCCUCUUGUCCUCCUAACAUCAUGACCACAAGAUUCAGUUUAGCUGCAUUUAAAAGAAACAAGAGGAAACUAGAGCUGGCAGAAAGGGUGGAAACAGAUUUCAUUCAACUAAAGAAAAGAAGACAAUCAAGUGAAAAGGAGAAUGACUCGGGCACUUUGGACACAGUGGGCGCUGUAGUUGUGGACCACGAAGGGAACGUUGCUGCUGCUGUCUCCAGUGGAGGCUUGGCCUUGAAGCAUCCAGGGAGGGUUGGACAGGCUGCUCUGUAUGGAUGUGGCUGCUGGGCUGAAAACACUGGAGCUCAUAAUCCCUACUCCACAGCUGUGAGUACCUCAGGAUGUGGGGAGCAUCUUGUGCGUACCAUACUGGCUAGAGAAUGUUCACAUGCUUUACAAGCUGAAGAUGCUCACCAAGCCCUGUUGGAGACUAUGCAAAACAAGUUUAUCAGUUCGCCUUUCCUGGCCAGCGAAGAUGGCGUGCUUGGAGGAGUCAUUGUUCUCCGAACUUGCAGAUGUUCUGCAGAGUCUGACUCCUCCCAAGAUAAGCAGACACUUCUAGUGGAAUUUCUGUGGAGCCACACGACAGAGAGCAUGUGUGUUGGAUACAUGUCAGCCCAGGAUGGGAAAGCCAAGAGAGAGACAGAGCACGAGUGGGGGAUGGGCAGAGAGAGAAAGAGACACAGAAUCCGAAGCAGGCACCAGACUCUGAGCUGUCAGCACAGAGCCCCACUUGGGGCUCGAACUCACAGACCGCGAGAUCAUGACCUGAGCCGAAGUUGGACGCUCAACUGACUGAGCCACCCAGACGCCCCAAGGGCUAUUAUUUUAAAACUGAUCAAAUAAAAGACUGCAGCCUCCUGUUUUCAUAUUGCACAUAAGAAUGACCUGAUUACACAUAUGUUGUUGCCUGGUUGUGGUGUCUCCUUCUCUGGUCUCCCAAACUAAGCAGAAGAUUAAUUAAUGCUCAACAUGUGUAAAAGGUUGACAAACUGCCACUUGUGACUUUGGGGAAACAAAGUUAUUUUGGGGAGUUGUUCUAUAUCAAACCCUCUGCAGAUUACUCUCUAGACUGUUGUUCUCCACUAAAAGAUCACAUAUAAGGAAAGAACAAACUCUUGAGAUACAUAGAAACUAGUUCAAAUGGGUAAUUGCCAAACGUCAAACUUUGGUAGGGAUGUGGUAUGCAGGCAAAGUUUAUAAUCAGAAUUCUGGUCUCUGAGUCUAGGAGAAAAGUCACCAACUGUUAUUGACAAAAUGGCUGGUAAGCAAAUAAAAAAGGUGAUAAAUGAUGCCACCAGGAGAUGCUGCCAUCUCACCAGUGAGACCAGUUUCAGGGAGAGGGAGGAAUGUGGCUUGAUUUACAGUGGAUGAUAAUCAUGUGUCUAGUCACUGGAGAUCAGAAGAAAGCUUGCCUGUAAGACACUGCUAAUGAAACUGGAGCAAAGGGUAGGCUCUUCUCUUGGGUGGUGUCAAAGGGAAGUUUUGCUCCGCAUCAGGCCAGUGGGAUGUGAGACAUAGUACAUCCUCUGGGAUGUGGUCAUGGCCAUGUGACCUCAUGUUCAACUUCAGCAGCCCUGACCUCUGCUGAUUUAUCAAUUGUAUGUAAUCAGUCCUUUUAACACCUAAUGAUUUGGAGACCAAAAGUUCUUUUCUUUUCCUGUAAUGUAUCAUUAGAGGCUGCA